CCGACCCAAACCAAGAAAAAACAAUAAAAUUAGCUACAAGUAGUGUAUCAUUUGCCCACUUUCCUCCACUAGUUAUCCAAAAUGCCCACCAAAGAGCACAACUCCUUUAAGAUACCUUUUUCCCCUUGCCUAAUAAACUUGUUUUGGUCACAGUUUGUAAAAAAAAAAAAUUAAAUGUUUUUGAAUAAUAACAUAAAAAAUUAUUUUUUUGAAAAGAUGAAAAAAAUAAUUUCCUUUUAAAAAUACUUGCAACAAAUAAGAUUUCUCAAAAUAAUUUUUUUUAUGUCGUGUAAUUUGAUUUUCCACCUCGGAAUCCUCUUUUCUAGUUACUCUACCCCCAAUUUUUAUUUAUUUGUUGAAAAAAACUAAGAACUUGGCCAAGACAGGUUUAUAUAUUUACCAAAACUACACACUUAGAGCUCACAUAAUCUUGUAAAAAUGGCAACUUCAAUUUUUCUCUCACACCCUUUUUCUCAUUUAUUAUCAAAACACCAUAAAAUUCCAAGUCCUAAACAAACCAUAGCCAUAGCAUAUCACUCCACCAACAAACCCACCACCAAGACUCCAUUUUUACCAUUACCCACUUCCUUUUUUCCAUUUCCCUCAAACCCCAGAAAGGAAUUUUGGCCAAUUUCAGUGGGAAGAACACAAACAGAUGAAAAAGAUGAAAUCUUGGUGGUGGGUGAAGAUUCUGCUGAAUUUGAGUUAUCCAAACAAAAGAUUUCAUCUUGGGUUUAUUUUGCUGGGGUUCUUGGUGUUGUGCUUUAUGUUCUUAAUGUUGUUUGGAUUGACAAUUCUACUGGAUUUGGAAAAUCAUUCAUUGAUUCUGUUUCUAGUAUUUCAGAUAGCCCUGAAAUUGUAAUGCUUUCCCUUACCUUGAUUUUCGCUAUAGUCCACAGUGGUCUUGCUAGUCUUAGAGACAAAGGUGAGGAACUCAUUGGAGAGCGUGCUUUUCGUGUAUUGUUUGCUGGGGUAUCUCUGCCAUUGGCAGUCAGCACAAUUGUGUAUUUCAUUAACCACCGAUACGAUGGAGUGCAGUUAUGGCAAUUAAACAGUGUUGCUGGGAUUCACGAACUAGUUUGGAUUUCUAACUUUGUUUCCUUCUUCUUCCUAUACCCGUCGACAUUCAAUUUACUAGAGGUAGCGGCUGUUGACAAGCCCAAGAUGCAUCUUUGGGAAACUGGGAUUAUGAGGAUUACCAGGCAUCCACAGCUGGUCGGGCAGGUUAUAUGGUGCUUAGCUCACACGCUGUGGAUUGGGAAUUCAGUUGCAGUGGCAGCUUCAGUAGGUUUGAUAGGACAUCAUCUGUUUGGUGCCUGGAAUGGGGACCGGAGGUUAGCCAUACGAUAUGGUGAGGCUUUUGAAGUCGUGAAGAACAGAACGAGUAUCAUUCCAUUUGCAGCCAUUCUUGAUGGUCGUCAAAAGUUGCCUGAAGAUUAUUACAAGGAAUUUAUCAGAUUGCCAUAUUUAUCGAUAACAACAUUGACAUUAGGUGCUUACUUCCUCCACCCCAUUAUGCAAGCUGCCAGUUAUCGGCUACACUGGUAGUAGUACUGAUGUUACAUAACUCGUUUCCAUACAAGAUAUCGCGAUUACGAGUUGUAUAUUUUUCCUCAAUAUAUAUAGGUUACUGAUGUCUAUUUAACUACUGUUGGAUAACAAAGAAAGAAAGAAGAGGAAUAGAGAGAAUUCAGUUUAAUGUGUUUGAAAGUAAAGUUCCAACUUGUAUUUCCCUUCAAUUUCUAUAUAGUGUAUAUCAUGACAUAUAUGUCCUUGUUAUUCCAAUAUAUAUAUAUAUGGUACCAAAGUUUUCGAGUUUGA